AUAUGUCGUUGGAGUGAGAGGUUUUACACAGUCUCAUUUGGAUUUUACACUGAACUAGGCUACAUAGUAUAGUACCAGGGAAAACAACCAGGUACCGACCGUCGCCCUGAACACUAUCCAGUUAGGACAAGAUAAUCAGAACUAUGUGUGGGAUCUUUGCCUACCUGAAUUACUGUGUGCCUCGCACCAGAAAGGAAAUAUUUGAGACAUUGGUGAAGGGACUGCAGAGGUUGGAGUACAGAGGCUACGAUUCAGUAGGCAUCGCUGUGGAUGGUGACAAAAACACGACGACAGAUGGCAUCAACAACAACAACAUCGUUCUCAUUAAGAAGAAUGGCAAAGUCAAGGCCGUGGAUGAAGAGCUCUACAAGAAAGACUGCAUGGAUCUGGAGGUGGAGUUGGACACACACUUUGGCAUGGCUCACACACGCUGGGCCACACACGGAGAACCCAGCGCCCUCAACAGCCACCCCCACCGCUCCGACAAGAACAAUGAGUUUGUUGUCAUCCACAAUGGCAUCAUCACCAACUACAAAGAGUUAAAGAAGUACCUGAACUCCAAGGGCUAUGAGUUUGAGUCAGAAACGGACACAGAGGUCAUCCCUAAACUGAUCAAAUACGUUUACGACAACCGAGAAAGAGAAGACCUGUCCUUCUCUACCCUGGUGGAGAGGGUCAUUCAACAGCUGGAGGGGGCCUUCGCUCUCAUGUUUAAAAGCAGUCAUUUCCCCAGAGAGGCGGUAGCCACCAGGAGAGGAAGUCCUCUGCUCAUUGGUGUGCGGAGCAAGUAUGAGCUGUCUGCAGAGCACAUUCCAAUCCAGUACAACACUGCUCCGUACUACUCUGUCCUGAGGGACUGUGCAGUUAAUCCAGUGGUCCCAGAGGGUCAGAGGGCCGCUGAGCCCAUAUCUAUGUUCAAAGAGGGGGUCCAGGAAAAGAACAGCCAUAACCGGCCAGAUAUUGCCAAUGCUGUGAAUUCUGCUGAAGACGGCAAGGCUGUGGAGUACUACUUUGCUUCUGACGCUAGUGCCAUCAUAGAGCACACCAACAAGGUGAUCUACCUGGAGGAUGAUGACAUAGCAGCGGUUGUAGGGGGGAAGCUGUCCCUCCAUAGGCUGAACCGCCUGGCAGGAGAGGUUCCUGUCCGGGCCAUCCAGACCCUCCAGAUGGAAUUGCAGGAGAUCAUGAAAGGUAACUUUGAGGCAUUCAUGCAAAAGGAGAUCUUUGAACAGCCAGAGUCUGUGUUCAACACCAUGAGGGGGCGGAUCUGCUUCGACACCAACAAAGUGAUCCUGGGGGGAUUGAAGGACCACCUGAAGGAGAUCAAACGCUGCAGACGCCUCAUCAUGAUUGGCUGUGGAACCAGCUUCCAUGCUGCCGUGGCUACCAGACAAGCUCUGGAGGAGCUGACUGAGCUUCCUGUCAUGGUGGAGCUGGCUAGCGACUUCCUAGACCGCAACACGCCCGUCUUCAGAGACGACGUCUGCUUCUACAUCAGCCAAUCAGGUGAGACAGCAGACACCCUGAUGGCUCUGAGGUACUGUAAGGAUAGAGGUGCUCUGACGGUGGGGGUCACCAACACAGUGGGCUCCUCCAUCUCCAGAGACACAGACUGCGGGGUGCACAUCAAUGCUGGUCCAGAGAUCGGUGUGGCCAGUACCAAGGCCUACACCAGCCAGUUUGUGGCUCUCAUCAUGUUUGGUCUGAUGAUGAGUGAGGACAGGAUCUCCCUGCAGACAAGGAGGCUGGAGAUCAUCAAUGGACUCAGGAUACUCCCAGAGUUGAUCAAGAAGGUGUUGACUCUGGAUAAGAACAUCAAGUCAAUUGCAGAUGAGCUAUAUGAGCAGAGGUCUUUGCUGGUCAUGGGCCGAGGCUUCAACUACGCUACCUGUCUAGAGGGGGCACUGAAAAUCAAGGAAAUCCCCUACAUGCAUUCAGAGGGCAUCCUGGCUGGGGAGCUGAAGCACGGUCCUCUGGCUCUGAUUGACAAGCACAUGCCGGUCAUCAUGAUCAUCAUGAGAGACGCCUGCUACACCAAGUGUCAGAACGCACUGCAGCAAGUCACAGCCAGAUCGGGGCGGCCGAUUAUCUUGUGUUGCCAGGAUGACCCAGAGGUGUCUAAGAAUGCUUAUAAGACCAUUGAGCUGCCUCAGACAGUGGACUGUCUCCAGGGCAUCCUCAGUGUCAUCCCUCUGCAACUCUUGUCCUUUCACCUGGCCGUGCUGCGAGGAUACGACGUGGACUGUCCCAGGAGCCUGGCCAAGUCUGUCACAGUGGAGUAGAACCAGACAGACAGGCAGAAGGCUGUAGAGGCCACAUCACUGCCCUGCUGAGGAGAGAGACAGAGGAGGUGAAGCCAUCAAAGUGCGAUUAUGUGUGUAGAUGGUGUUUGUGUGUGUUUUUGGUUUGACCAUCCUUGUGGGGACAAGAAGUUAAACAAGGCAAUUUGGGAUAAGGGGGGACAUUUCGCCGAUCAACACAAGGAAAAAGGCUAUUUUAGGCUUAGGGGUUAGGUUUAGGGUUAGAGUUAGAAUUAAGGUUAGGGGUUAGGGUUAGGUUUAAGGGUUAGGGAAAAUAUCAUUUUGAAUGACAAUCAAUUUUAUGGUACGCACAAGGAUAUUAAAACAAAUGUGUGUGUGUGUGUUUGUGUGCGUGUGUGUGAAUAGAGGGACGUGACAUUUUUAAAGCAGAGAAAUGUGAAGUCCUAUUGACACACUGUUGAGGCGGUGCCAUUGACCUUUUGGGCCUUGUAGAGAGAGAGAUCAAAACUUUGACCAUCUGUCAAAUCAGCAUUAUCUCCAAUAAUGCCUCCAAAGCAAGAUCCUUUCACUAUACAGUCCUGUGCACACUGUGCCUUGUACCAAAUGUGUGCCUUGUCCACAAACAGUUGAGCCAAAAAUACAUAUUGUAGGAGUAAUGCAUUUAGUUGGUGUAUUGAAGCACUUACAAUUGUGCAAUAUGGGAGGCAUUGUGAAUGUUUCCAAUAAUAUUAUCGUUGUUAAAUGGGUUCUCUGUCCCGUGGAAGUUUAUUAGCUUUGCAUCUUGGGGAGUGUAGGCUAUUCCAUAGCAUUCUGUUAUUUAGCAGAGCCAAUAGCUAGAAUAUUGUAGGGAACUAUUCUGAAAAGCUCUAUGUAGGCUAUUGGGACAUAACACUUGUGAUGUAGGGCCUACACACAUUGCUUUGGUGUACUGUACACAAAAAUGCAUUCCUUGUAGUCCCAUAAUCAAGGGGCACUUUUUUUUAAUCACUCCUUUGUCAGAGUGAAUCUAAUAUGGUUUUAAUCAUGAGAGUAUUACUGUUCAUAAUCUACACUCCAAUCUGUUGAAAAGGGCCCGGGUUAUACUGCUACAGUCUUGUAAGAUACUAUAAGAAUUAUACUUCCUUUCAUUCACUACCCUUUCAUGAAUCAUCAUUCUCUGUUUAGUCAUUGUAUGGCGUUCACCAUUGCAAUCAUAUUAUGUUGUCUGUCAUGCAGCAUUGUGAGCGACAUCUCUGCCCUAUUCUACGAAGACUGUUUGGGUUCCAUUGGCUUAUUUAUGGAUGAAGACCAAUUGGUUGCACUUACUUUUAUAGUGGAUUUAAUCUCCCAGAGUGUAAUCCACAACGGCCAUAUUGACAUGCCCUAACUCUUGUUCUCGAAAAUGUGAGGCAUUUCGCUUCACAUCUCAAUAUAAGACUGAUAUGCAUAAAGCGAUAUGGAUUGUAGUUUUGUACUGUAAAGGGUAAACAUGUUACAUUGAGAUGUACUGUAGUUAAUGUAUUUAUCUGUUUUUUUAUGGGGGUUAAAGAAAGUUGGGCUGGUUUAUCACAAACUAUGAUUGUAUUUUAUAAUAUACACUACCGUUCAAAAGUUUGGGGUCACUUAGAAAUGUCCUUGUUUUUGAAAGAAAGCAAAAAAAAAUGUCCAUUAAAAUAACAUCAAAUUGAUCGGAAAUACAGUGUAGACAUUGUUAAUAUUGCAAAUGACUAUUUUAGCUGGAAAAGGCCGAUUGUUAAUGGAAUAUUUACGCCCAUUAUCAGCAACCAUCACUCCUGUGUUCCAAUGGCACAUUGUGUUAGCUAAUCCAAGUUUAUCAUUUUAAAAGGCUAAUUGAUCAUUAGAAAACCCUUUUGCAAUUAUGUUAGCACAGCUGAAAACUGUUGUUCUGAUUAAAGAAGCAAUAAACUGGCCUUCUUUUGGA